GCUAUCAAAGUGGUUACUCCGUUCUGUAAGUUGAUUCCUGGUGAAACCCGUGUUCAAGCAAUCAACUUUGAGUUGAAACGCCGAGGUCCCCGACUGUCCCAUUACUAUAAUGCGGAUGCUAUUAUUCUUGACAAGGUGUUUGAUCAGGAGCUUGUGAUCUUGGAGAUGACAGGACCAUAUGGCUUGAAAGACAUUACGGGUGAAACAACUGAUCACGUAAAUGCUGCAUAUGGAUUAUUGGCUAUGUUGCACAAAAUAGCCUUCUGUUAUGAAUACGCUAAUGUCGAUCUCUUCAAAAAGCUGAAAGUCUACUUUAUCCAUGCUGCUUACAAAAGGAUCCGUUUCUGGUAUUUUGGUUUGGUGAGUGAACAGCUGUACGUUUUAGAUCGAGUUGGAAGUGCUUUGUUACCGAUACAGCAUGUUGGUUCAAAGAAAGAAUUUAUGGACGUAACCAACAUGAUGUGGGAGCUUAAGUCCAGUAUUGACUUCUCCCACGGACUAUUGCAGGAGAUCAAAAGGUCUCAGGAAAAAAACAAGCAGAUAAUUGAGAAACGUCUCGAAGGUUAUGAAAAGAUAAUCAAAUUAGAGUAUCUGUUAGCGGGGAGUGCUGAAGUGAAGCUGUCUUCACGUGUUUCCGAAGCAGAAGACAUAUAUGUUUUCAGUUCUCCCCUUGGCCCUCAAUCUCCUGUCGAUACUAUAUUUUCCCGAAUUCCGUCCACUUUUGUGCCUUCAUCGAGUCGCCUUAGAUAG